UACGACUAUAAAUACCAAAAACCCUGUGCUCUCACUCCAUUUUGCCCUCGCCAGUCUCGCGCCUCUUCAGCAUCCACAAAAACCCUAGAAAGCGCCAACCUACCCAUCAAAGGGAGACACCAAUUGGCAAUGGCAUCUACAGAACAACAAGUCCCAUCUGGAAUUACAGCUCCUGCUGCUGAUGUUGUCGGUAAUGCCUUUGUUCAUCAAUACUACCUUAUAUUAUAUCAAUCCCCUGAGCUGGUUCAUCGAUUUUACCAUAAUAGCAGCAAACUUGGUCGUCCUGAAGAAAAUGGUGUAAUGAGUAUCACAACAACUAUGCAAGCCAUCAACGAGAAGAUACUCUCACUUGGUUAUGGAGAAUUUACAGCAGAGAUAACAACUGUAGAUGCACAGGACUCUCACAAUGGGGGAGUACUUGUUCUUGUGACUGGGUAUUUAACUGGAAAGGACAAAGUGAAGCGGAAAUUCACUCAGAGUUUCUUUUUGGCACCUCAAGACAAGGGCUAUUUUGUUUUAAAUGAUGUGUUUAGAUACGUAGAUGAAGCCAAACAUCCAAGUGGGAGCCAGGAUCCUGUUAAUAAUGUUGAACCUUCUCUUACUCCCAAGCAGGAUCCCUCUGCUCCAGAGAAUCACAUUGUUGAGCAACAGGCAGCAUCACCAGAGGAAGGUAAUGGGCCAGAAGUGUACAACCCUUCUGAAAAUGGAGAUGGUUCUAUCAAUGAAGAGGAAGCACCAGUGGCCAAGGUUGUAGAUGAGAUUCCUGAUGAUUCACAAAUGUUUGCUGAUUCUAACUCCAAAAUUGAGGAAGUUCCAAAGAAAUCAUAUGCAUCUAUUUUGAAGGUUAUGAAGGAGAAUGUGGUUCCUUUAUCAAUCCCUACAAAUUCCCCUGUGAAGACUGUAGUUAAGAGCCCAGAGCAACCAGGAACUGCUGCACCACCUAUUCUUCCAGCCCCCGUAUCUGAUGCACAGAUAUCGUCUAACACUGUUACAGAAAAUGGGAAUAAUCAAGAUGUGGAAGCUGAGGGUCCCUCCAUCUAUGUCAAAGGUCUGCCCUUGAAUGCUACACCUAGCAUGCUGGAGAAUGAGUUUAAGAAGUUUGGACCUAUCAAGAGUGGUGGUAUUCAAGUUCGAAGUCAGAAGGGAUUCUGUUUUGGUUUUGUGGAAUUUGAAGUGGCAAGUUCUGUGCAAAGUGCCAUAGAGGCAUCACCUAUAAAUAUUGGUGGACGUAAAGCAGUUGUUGAAGAAAAAAGGUCUACAUCUCGAGGGAACAAAGGACGGUCUUCAUCUGGUUCUGGGUCUGGAUACAGAAAUGAGGGAGCAAGAGGACGUGGAAACUAUGGUGGUGGCAGGGGCUAUAGCCGGGGUGAGUUUGGUAAUUGGUCAGAGUAUGGAAACAGGAGCAACAAUCGAGGAGGAUAUUCCAACCGUGGAGGUGAUGGAUAUCAGAGGGGUGAGCACAUGGGGAGUAAUGGUAGCCGUGUGAACCGUUCUGGUGGACUUACUGUUAAUGCAGCAGCCAAGAAUGUGGCACCAAGGGUAUCUGCCCCUGCAUGAAGAAAUUAAUCUGGAAAUUGGUUGGAGGGGUGGUCAAAGGUAACUUUCGGUUUGUAGUGUAGUCAUCUAUCGAGAUUGUUGCAUAGCAUUUGGAGAGGAGUUUUAUCUUAGAUUUGUUUACGGUUUUGUCUUUGAUAAUAUGUACUGAAAGGUUUUUGUUGAUCGUGGAUAGUAGAUUAAAUUCUUGUUUACCAUACUACUGUGAUGUUUAGGCUUCUGGGGCAUUCGAUAUUGGGAAAUCUACCUUUUUAUUGAUGGUUUUUGCC